CAGGGCAGCAAUAUGCUCGACACCCACCAACAGGUGGUCAGAACUACAUUGGGAAGACCAGGGCAGGACAUGCGGCCCCAGGCCCCAGGGACAGCAACAGGGCUGCUAAAGCUUCUCUCAGGCAUCUCCCAGGCUGAGGAGGGGAGUCUUAGGAGUGGCAAUGGUCUAACUCAGGGCCAGCAGCAGAGGUCUCGGAGUGCAGAGCAGAUGGCGAAGGAGGACCGGAGGCCCAGGGGCCGGAACAAGAAAGGGCAUGGCUCUGCGGAGGCUGAGGACCUCCUGCCCUCUACUUGGAAGCCCUCCUUCCCCUUCCAGUGGGCCUGGGAGAGCUUCACCACAGAUGAUCGGGCCCUGCUUCAGCCUGGCUCCCCCUCAGCCCCUGGCCACCAUGCCCUGCCCUUGCCCCCAGCGGCCCCCCAGCACAAGUCCAGGCGCAAGUCCAUGGCCAGCCUCCCGGAAGCCCAUGGCUUCUGCUGGAAGACGGAAGUGCCAGUCCUGGAGAGGAGGCAGCAGCUCAGGGCUUGGGGCUGUGUCUCCAUCCCUCCCAGCAAAGGACAGAGCCGAGAGCUGGGGUCAGACAGUGAGGGUGGCCUCCAGCUGGCUGGGCAGAAGCCAGGGUUAGACUUAGAGUCUCAGUUGGCCGCUGAGCUGGAAGCCUUUGGCGCUGAGGAGGCCGAGAAGGGUCUGAGCCCUGGGGAACUGCCCCGAGUCCCCAGGAGAGGCUCCAUUUUGGAGAAGUGGUAUGCAGCAGUGGCCGAGGAGGCCCAGGAGGGGGUGCCCAAGGCACCCCACAGGAGGAGGACCAGUUCUUGGAGAAAGGGUCGGAAUUCUGGUGAAAAGGCCCCAGACGAGGGUGAACUGCAGAGCCCGGGGAGUGGCUCCAAAAUCUUUCCAGGGCCACAGAGGAGGAAGUCAGGGGGCAAGAAGCUGGAGGGGCCAUGGGACCUGGAAACGUUGCAAAGGCAGUUACAGCAAGACUUGGAUUUUGGCUCUACGAAGCAGCCCUGGAAGGCUUUGAGGGCUGCUCGCCACGUCUCCACCCGGAGCGGGAAGGCCCACGCCUCGGUGGAUGACGACGCUUUCCUGUUCACCAACUUACCUAACCGUUCCUUCCACAAACGGCGGGAGGCCACCAGACGCCUGCUGCAGGCCUGGGCGCGGGAGCAGCAGGAGGCGCAGCAGCAGGCCGAGCUGCGGCGGGCCCAGGAGCAGCGGGCACAGUGGCGGGUGGCCCGCUGCCUGGCAGCCUAUGUGCCCCGGGGGAGCCAUGGGCCAGGUGCAGCCCAGCGCAAGCUGGAGGAGCUGAGGCGCCAAGAGCGACAGCGCUUUGCUGAGUACCAGGCAGAGCUGCAGGCCAUCCAGCACAGGGUGCAGGCCCGGCCCUACCUAUUCCAGCAGGCCAUGCAGGCCAGCGCCCGGCUCGCUGUGACCCGGCGCUUCUCCCAGGUGCUGUCAGCACUGGGACUCGAUGAGGAGCAGCUGCUGGCAGAGGCAGGCAAGCAGGACAUGGAGGGCUCCUCCAGGAAACCCAGGAGCCACAGGUCAAUGGGAGUGAGAGUGGAGCAUUCCUGUGAGAGUCCCCCAAGGACAGAGCCCACCUGCAGCCAGCCGAAUGGGCAUUCCACCCCAUGCCCAGCCAAGGAGUCCAGCCCCUGAGAUGCAUUAAAUGCCUUCUGAGAAGUACAGUGUGAGAUUUCUUGUGGUGACAAGAGCCUUUGUGCUGGGAAUAGGAGGUGGCAGGUGGAUAGACGGCUUGUCCCCACAUCCCCCAGGAGCUCUGGAUGUUCUGGCUGCCCCUGCCCAGCACACACAGCUGUGCUUUUGCUCCUGCGCUUUUUGUGAGUGGUGGGACAUCUCACAGAGCAACAGCUGCCCUCCACCCCCACCUCAGUCUCCAACAAUUCAAGUCUCCGAGAAAUUCAAGAGUGAAUAGGGCAGAAUGGGCCUCUGUCUUUGAGAACUUACAGCCUGGUUUUUAGGCAGAGGGUGGGAAACGGGACCUUUAAAGGGGCACAUAGAUGAACACCGUAACACAUGGGCUGCACAAGGCCGCCAGAUCAAGUAACUGUGGAGUCAGUGGGGGUGGGUGUCAGGAGAGAUUGUAAUACCUGGGCUUUUAACAGUAACUUCAAGUUAGAGACCUCUCCACAAGGGAAAAAAAAGCUCACACAGAAAUGUACCAAAUUUUGCACUCAGUUUCAGCGCGUUCACAGACACACAGAAGCGCAUCUGGAGCUCCUUAGUUCACAGAACGCAGGUUAAAACCCAAUCUGAGGAACGUGAGAAGGCAGCGUCUGCUGACAAUACUGGUUGUUGGGGCUUGAAGGCUCGGCUGUGGAGCUGGUGUGUGUGUGUGUGUGUGUGUGGGUGGUCUCAGGAGAACACGCUGCGAUGUCCAACAUCUGAUGGAGCCACGCCCCUCGAGGGUCCACUAGGAGGACGCCUACUGGAGCGGCGGGCGCUGUCCACGGUAAGUCCGUGAGGCAGCGGUCAUCCAGUGGCUCGGGAUGUGCAAGGCGAGAAUGGCGACGGAGCGUUUCCAGCUCCGGGGAGGCCCGACUGGAUGGCCUCCGGGCCCAUAGAGUUACAGGAUCCCGUCUUCGAUUCACCCGGUCGGUUCACUUGGAGGGGCGCCCGCGCAAUGGGACCCCUGUCUCAAAGACCGCCACCCAGCCCCAGGCGGCUGCCAUCUCGCCGCAGGGCACCGACUCCCAUGAGCCUUUGGGGGCAGUCUCCGAGGC